CACACCCACAUUCCACUUCCACAGCUUGUCCAGGCCGUGACACCCUCAUACCACUCAUAUUCGAGGCAUUAAAACACAUAUUGAUAUUUCAGACCUCGGUUGAAAAAUCAGGCACCGUUUUGUUGCUCAUUAGCAGAUAUUUUCCAGCGUCCUUAUCGGUACUGCAAUCUUUGGAGUAUGUUAAGCUUGGUCAAGGCAUUCUGAGGUGCGAUGUUGAACAUCUUGGCAUUUAAGCCAGACUCAGCCACGUCGACCCCUAUUGGAAGCAAGCUUUCAAGCUAAGAUGUGUCUCGGAAGUUCCCAUUUUAGACGUCCCCUGAUCCCGCAUCUCCCUUUCAUCGUAACAGGGUCUUCAAGCGUCAACAUAUUUGAAAUUUCGUUUUGAGGCGGCGUUCUUCUACGCUCGCUCAUUCAGUUCCCCUGAAUCGCUCGGCUAAGGCUACAACGAUGUCCUUUCCGCAAAACACAAGUCUCUCCGUUCCCACAUCCUUCAUUCAAUUCACCUACCAAUCCCAGUCUAUCAAGUUCACGGAAUGGAUCUCCCUCCUCACUCUGUGCCUUGCUCCCCUCAUCGCACACAUCAUAGCCGGCGUUCCCACACCGAUCUACCUUUGCCGCAAGCGACCACCCUGGCACACCUUCAUUGGGCAUUUCAACCCAAUGUCCAUUCUCUGGCGCUACUUCGUCAUCACUGAUCGUCGGGUGCGAGCGAAACACUGGACCUCAAUUGACAUGGCCGCAAAUUGCGCUCUCUUCUGGACAGGCAACGGAUGGGAUGGAUCCGAAGAGAUGAUAUUGAAGAGUCGAGCUUUCUGUACACGGAUUCCAAGUUUACGUCGGAUCAGUUUCGUCUCCGUCAGUAUGGCCACUACCGUGAUUGUCACGAUCCAGGGUAUUCAGUCCGUCUAUUCCCCUCUUCAAGGUUACUUUGCUGGAAAUUAUGCUUUCGGUCUCGCUUUCGACACCAUCUUCUACUCAAUGGCAUUCUUGGGUCUUAUGCGGAUUCCUGCUGCACUCUGGUUGACAGAAGACUUCUCGUACGCAGACAUCAAUCGGAUCCAGAGAAGAGCCGGAGAAGAGAUGGAGGACCUGGAGUUGGAGGCUAUAACGACAAAAAGUCCCGCACACACGCGGACUCUAUCAGAUAUUGGCCUUCUAGCUGCAGACUCUGAACUGCUCAUCUCACCAGAGGAAAUGUUCUACCCAUCAAACUGCUGGAGAAGCAUGAUCAUCCGCGUCAUCUUUCUUACCCCACUCGUCGGCUCCUUGGCUCUCAGCACGGCGUACAUCGGGCAGUCGCAGCCGGGGUAUGGAAACUUCUUCACCGGUACGCAUCUUGUGCUUAUUCUCUUCUACUUGGCCGUCACUGUUGGCGUCGUCGUUAUCUUUCUGGUCUAUUUCUGGAAGGGAAAUACGGGGGAUACUGUCUUGCCCUGCAUAGGACAGACAUGGUACAAGAUUUAUACCGGGGUUUUGAUAUUUCUCGCUCUAUCUGCAAUGGUUGUGUCAGGACUCGAGACAAGAAAGACGAAGUGUGGAACGUAUACGACGAUGAGACCGUACUAUGAUCAGUUCGGCUGUGCUGGUAUGUGAGUGGGAAAAUUGUGGUUCUCGAUUGUCAAUCACAAAAUUUAAUCUACU